AUGGGCGACCUCACCCUAGGCGCAACUUCGCUCGUUGAGAGCUGGUUCUCUAGUACGCUCUGUGGAGUGAACAUAGUUCUAUACGUUCUCUGCCUCCGCGCGCUCUUGAGGCGGUCAGAGCAGAGUGCCGGCGGAAGAUGGUUCCUCUUCGUGGUUUCGACGGUACAGAUGUUGAUCUGCAGUGCGCAGUCGGCAGUCCUCCUAGCGAGGAACCUGUACGCCUUUGCGUCGCUGAACGGUGGCGAGGCCGCAGCGGAGUACUUCGCGGACCAGGCGGCGGGGCUGCAUGUUGCGGACCAGUCUCUGUAUACGAUCAACGAUUGGAUUGGGAGUGGCGUCUUGUUGUGGCGGGCGUGGGCAAUCAAUGGGCGUAGCUGGAAACUCUGUUCGCCACUGCUUGUCCUUUGGGUGUUGCUCUUCGUCACCAUGAUCAGUGCCCUAGACCACCUCGGCCACCUGCGUCCGGGAUUGGCCGUCUUCGAUCCUUCCCUGGCAGGAUGGAUCAUGGCAUUCACCAUCCUCUCGCUCCUCGUACAAAUCGGCGCCACUUCGUUGAUCGCGUGGCGCAUCUUCGGCAGUAUCAGCUGGAGCAACCCACAAUGGUGGACGCGCGAGUGGCACGCUCUUCGCAUCGUCGUCGAGAGCGGCGCGAUGUACGGGGUUCUUACCAUUCUGUCCCUCGUCUUCUUCCUUCUGCGCGUGAACUUCGGGGCGAUUAACAUCGGCGUUCUGGUACAAGUUAGCGCAACUGCCCCGUUCUUGAUGAUCGUACGCGCGCAGGCGCAUCGAAGGAAGGAGGGAAUUGACUUCACGCAUCCUACCGCGCACGCAUCGUCCUUAUCUUCUGUCGUUCCUCCGGACAGCGCUCGAAGCCGCUGGACGAUCGAGGUCCAACUCGAAACGGGAGAUGCCCCACUGGACGGAGAGUACAAGGUCGAUCCCAACAAACUUCGGCCUCCUCAUUCACCUCACUCGCACUGGUCGCCUUGA